UUACCUCGGUGAUAUACUUGUGGGAAACACAAGGGACCAAUUGGCCAUCACCUAUGAACUUUCUUCACCAGGAAUAAAGGCGCGCUACGUUGUUGUCAACCCGGUGGAAUGGACCGGAGGCGGUGGCCCGCAGAUGAAACUGGAACUCUACGGCUGCAUUCUAGACCCUCCCUAUUCCCCAGCCUUUACAGAGGUUAGGGAUCCCAUACAGUCCGACACUACCUGGGAAUUAAACAAGAGCCCGUAUUAUGUCAUGGAAAACAUUGAGAUUGAAAGUGGUGCCACACUGACCAUAGAGGCUGGUGUGCGCGUUGUUUUUGCGCAGUCCGUUGGUGGUUUGGUAGUGAAAGGUAUUGUGAAUGCGAAUGGGCAGCUAGAGAAAAGAAUCCUGUUUACUGGGUAUAAAAUGAUUUACGCAUACUCAUCAUUUGGUUGGCGUGGCUUGCUCGUCCAUGACACCGGAAAACUUACCCUGGAGAAUGUUGACAUGAUACAAGCCGCUGUGGGUAUUGAAGGUCCGGCAGAUGGCGUCCGUGUUCGUGGUUGUCUAUUUGACAUGUGCCCCACUGGCGUAAGGUUGUCGUCAGGAAGUAUUGAUGAUGUCACGGAAGUUCUGUUUAACACUACCAUUACCAAUGGUGUAGUUGGCCUAGAGGUUUCUACCACUUCAGAAAAACCUCACGUUGUCGUUGGACUUUGCACAAUAAGUUACCAGGCAGCUAUCGCAAUUAUCCCAAGAACAAAUGGAUGUAAUUUCAAGGGAAGGAAAUUAACAAUCUCAAACAAUGAAAGGAGUCCAAUUUUUACUAAUGGCUUAUCUGAGGUGAGAAUUGAAUUAACGGCAUCAACCAUAGAAGAUAAUAGCGUAACGGGCUUGCUGCUUGAUUCCCGAGGUGCACAGAGUUCUUUUUUCAUCAACAUAACAGAUACUGUUUUUAGGCGCAACGCUUACGGUAUUUUUUUAAAGUCUUAUCGCCAGAAUAACUAUGGAGGAUGGGUAUUAGAAAGAAACACAUUUGAAGAUAACAAGUUUUCAGGCAUUCGCAUGGAUUUGUACGGCCAUAACACACCAGACGAAGUCAUGUACAUCGCUAACAACAAGUUCAUUCGAAAUGGAGUCACCAAUGAUUACAGUGCUAUGUCGAUCGACGGUAAAUAUCAGAUUCAAGGCAGGUUUAUAGUAGAGGACAACACUUUCACUGGAAACGGUAGAGGUCUUGACUUUAAAAUGAGUCAUACACUAGUGUCUCCAAGCUUGCAGGUCGCUGUUAGACGAAACACGUUCUCUGGGUCGUCUGGUUCCUACGCGGUGUACCUAGAUAUUGCUGAUCUAGAGUUCAGUGGAAACACGAUCGAAACCUCUACGAAACUGGGCGUUCGAAUUAAACGAGUGUUUUCGAAUAGGUUUUACAACAAUAUUUUUAUGAAUCCUGCUGCAAAGUAUGAUCUGGAAACUCUUGCCCUAUUUGGGAAUAACGUUUUAAUCAAUGCUACCUACAACUACUGGGGUACUUCGGACCCGAAUCGCGCAAGGUCUCGUGUAAGGGGAUUCUCGGUAAACAUUCUCUACGCCAUGAUUGACAUUUUCCCUCUUUAUACCGACUCCGCUCUUACCAGUCUCUAUACUGGUGAUGUUGGAAUGGGAUUCACAUUAGCCAAUGGGAAAGCCGGAGGCAAACUAGCAAAUGACAUCACGAUACCUGCACACAGUCAAAUCACAGUGACUUCUUCGAUAUGGAUUCCCCCUGGAGUAACACUGACAAUUGAGAGGAACUGCACCUUGCUAUUUCUGGAUGAGCGUGGCAUUUUUGUGGAAGGAACCUUCGUAGGAAACGGUGAGAAGUCGGGCAUCAUCACGUUUGGUAAUGCUGUUGCCGGUAGCUGGACAGGAUUUUACAUAACAGGAUUGCAUUUUUCGCUCAAAAACAGUGUGAUAAAUGGCGCAACUCAACCCAUUCUGGCGAUAAUAAAUACAACCACAACGUCAACAGUAAACCUAACCAGUGUUAAUAUAGCCAAUGCUAAUGCGGGAAUCAAUGCUGUCGUUCAUACACGAUUAUCACUGCUUGUGACAGACUGCACCUUUGACGGCAACGUUCGCGGAAUUCUAGCGCAAACACGGGAUAAUUCGCGAAUAGAGAUCACGGUGAAAUCUUCCAGUAUAACUAACAGCAUGCAAGCUGCCAUCGGUAUAUCAUCUUUCCUCUCAUCGCCAGCUGAACUGAUUAUUCAACUGAGAGAUUCUAGCUUACAAAACAAUUCCAUGGCCUUGUCAUUACAAAGCACCCCAAGGUUGAAUUCUAGCAUAACCAUCGAUAAUUGCGACAUAUAUGGAAGUAAAAGUCGCUCGAUCGACAUCUCGGGUUGGAUAGACAGCUUUGCUCUCCGCAAUAGCCGACUGUUAAGAAACGUUGCCGGAUUUGGAGUUAGGCUCACUUUCAGGGAAAAAUGCAGCAUGGCAUCCAUUCAAAACAAUGUCUUUUCACUGUCGACCGAGCUAUACAUCGGUACAGAUACCACUUCCUCUCCGUUUCUAUGUCCUCUUAACAUUGUCGGAAAUUCUUUCCAAGGACAUCCAACUGUUCCUACCAGAGGUAUUUCAAUUGCUUCUAACCAGUUCUCAUCUGUGCGGAUUGCAAGUAACGACUUCAGCGAUAUCAUGGGUAUCUGUCUUGAAAGCUCUAUUUACGCAAGUCUAUCAACAUACCUCGCUGAAGAGAAUAGGUUCUUUAGGUGUUUAGUAGCUGUUGACUUCUAUAACGAUCAAUCGGCAAACUGCGACAUCGAUUUUGUACGGAAUACAUUUAUUGAAAACAAGGGCAGCCAGGUGAUCACUUUAGAAUCGAACCCAUAUCAACCUACAAAUCUCGAAUUUAAUAAAAACGUUUUGAGGAACAAUAGUGGUGAAACUGUACUAAGCUUGAAACUCCCCAAUAUACUUGCACAGUACAAUAUUUUUGAGAACCCAGUUGCAAAGUAUAAUGUUAGAUUUAACAAGACUGGAUUUUCCUCCGAAGUGUUGGAUUUCUCAAACAAUCGCUGGGGAACAAAUGUUAUUGCUGAAGUCAAGAAAACAGUGUUUGAUAAAGAUAAAGAUGCUGCAUUACCGCAAAUUAGUGUCGAACCAUUUGGAGAAGAGCCAACUUGUACGGGCGUGGAAAACUGCUCAUCCAGUGGAACGUGCAUUGGACCAGACGAAUGCAUAUGCGACUUUGGCCGCCAGAAACCCACCUGCGCAGAAACUACCACCUCGACGUCGACUUCAACUGUUGCAUCUAAAUCAACAAUAGCAACGAAAACCACAACUUCGACUACAACGACAACAACAACUCCUCCAACUACUACACGUACACCAACGACAGCCACUACAACAACAACUCCUCCAACUACUACACGUAAACCAACGACAACAACUAUAACAACAACUCCUCCAACUACUACACGUACACCAACGACAACAACUACAACAACAACUCCUCCAACUACCACACAUACACCAACGACAGUCGCUACAACUCCUCUUCCCCGAGGAGAAAUAGGAGGUGUUAUGCAUGGGGACAUGGCUAUCAUCUUAUCACGCAGUCCCUACACUGUUACGUCCGACAUACUGGUAUCGCCAAGUGGCAGUUUGACAAUAGAAGCUGGAGUGGAACUUCAUUUUCCACAAAGCACUGGACUGCGGUCACAAGGUAAAAUUACUAUUUUGGGAAACACCAGUCAUCCGGUGAAAUUCCUGCCAACGAUUGCCGGGCAAAGGUGGACCGGAGUGCGAUUUGAACAGCAAACGGGAGAUCCCUUGUCCAUGGUGCAAAACCUGUUGAUGAAUAGCACACAGAGUGGAUUGACAGUGAACGGAGUGUUCGUACAGCUGAACAAUGUCACCUCGGAUUAUUCAAGUGAUUCGGGUUUUACAUUUGCUUGGGGACCCAACCCAGCUGUAUCCUCAAUGACCGGACUUCGAGCAAGAAACAACACCAAAUCUGGUAUUUACUUCAAUCUCGGCGCUGCACAACAGUCAUUGGAAAUUACAGACUGUGAACUGAUGUACAAUGAAGACAACGGCUUACUAGUCACCAAUAUCUCGGACUUGAGUAUUUCCAGGUGUGUUAUCUCUAAAUCGAAACGAGGAAUUUUAGUCAAUAAACGACCAGCCGGCAAAUUAGACAUUACUAGCACUGAUAUGUACGACAAUUCAGAAAAUUGCAUUCGAGUAGAUGCAUGGGAUGGAAACAAUGGCGAAAUUGAAUUUAACCUGAAACACAGCUCAGUCAGCAAUCAUAAUACGUCAUUGAUAGGACCAGGGGGAGCACUACUCGGCUCCACGGUGAUAAACAUCGGCGUCGUUAAUAACGCACAUAACGUAUGGAACAUUGUAAAUAACACAUUCACGGGAAACUAUUGGAACAGCUACCUUAUCAGCGUGAACAACAAAUACCUGCCAGGAAAAGCGUUCAACUUGACGAUGACGUCCAACAGAUUUGUGGAAAACUUCUCCCCUAUCUUGCAGGCGAUAUUAGGAUCAGGUUUCAAAAACACCAUCAAGUUCGAAGAUAACCAUGUGUCCAUGUCAAGAGCUGCCGUGUCUACUGUCUAUUUUGAUGGACCCAGUCCUAAAGACCUUAACGUGAGAGUGAGCGGUAACAUAUUUGACGAUAUUGCGGGGUAUUGUGUAGUAGAGUACAGAGGAAGCAAUGCUGUGUUCGAUGUUGAGCUUUCCGGCAAUUCCUUUACUAACAGCCAGGUUUUCAACACUAUUUGUGUUCAGGCGUAUGGCAUUGUCAUGGACGACAACAUGUUUAUGAACCCAGUUGCUCAGUGCGAGAUCUCUGUACCUGCAUUUACAGAAGACAAUGUUUUCAGUGCGAAACGGUGCUACUGGGGUUCUUCCAAUCUGAAUAACAUAACGGAAAGAAUGUGUGCAUUUGAAAAGGACAUGAGAUUGGCAAGAGUAGAAUACUUCCCAUACCGUUUGUCAGACACGUCAAAAGACCUGCUGUCCCCUUCUACUGCCCAGUUCGACACUGACGGUGCCUACGGAGGAAAGAUAGAUGGAGUAGUCGCUGUCUCACAGUCUGUUGUCAUUCGAAGAUCCAUAUACAUUGAGGAAGGCGGGUCUUUAACAAUUCAACCUGGUGUGACCCUUCAGUUUCCACUCAACACAGGAAUCUACGCCAAAGGAAUUCUCAGCGUCGGCAGCCUUGAUGGAGAAAAGGCAAGACUUGUUCCCGAAUCUACGACUUGGCGCGGAGUUUACUUCAAACGUUCAUCACGUGACCAGGCUAAUGACCUCCGUCUAAUGGAUUCCCAGUAUUGGGGAAGCGGACGCGUAGAGAUUCUCCGUCAAGGACAAUAUGGGACUAUAUGCUCAAAGGACUUUGAUGCACUUGAUGCGAUAGUCGCGUGUAGAUCGUUUGGAUACAGUCAACUGGAUGAUGUGGAAUUUGUUUCUUCGAACAAGCCGGGCUCUGGACCGAUCUGGCUCUCCGGCCUGCAGUGCCUAGGAACCGAGAACUCUUUACUUGAAUGUCCGCACGACGAUGUUGUUAACACGACGUUGUGUACCCACGCUGAAGAUGUGAUUGUUUCGUGUUAUGGGGGUGUUGACAGAGCAUCCAGUGAACUUAACGACUUUUCUCGGCUGCAGAAUGUGAUGAUAAACGACACUGAACAAGGACUAAGAAUAGAUUCCCUGAAAGUCCACAUGUCCGAAGUGGAACUUUCCAAUACCAAAAGUACAGGAGUCGUAAUCACCGCUCCCUACGCCCAGUUUGACUUUGGAGGGUCGGUCAUCAGGGACUCGUUAUACGAUGGAGUUCAAAUCCAAUCUUUGGGAAGCAGAGGUGUUGCUAACGUAACUGUGCUUAAUAGUGGAAACAACGGAAUUCAUAUUCAGUCAAAGUUCGGACUUGUGAAGGUAGCUAAUGUCAAUGUCUCGAGAAGUUCAGCGGCGGGAAUAAAUAUCAUGUUUGGUUAUGAUUCCCGGGUUCCUCAAAGUGUCAUUGUUGAACAUUCGAUCGUGGAAAAUCAUCACUACGACGAUGGACUAAAAAUUAAAACCCAGAGUAACCUGGGUCCAUCAUUCGUAAACGUUCGGGGCAAUACAAUGAACAAUAAUACGUUUGGCUCAGUGGAUAUUUCUAUCGCCUCGCCAAGGCAUCUGCCAAAAUCUUAUUAUGAUGACAGAUCUUUGUCGAUUGUAGACAACGUUUUUGCCCACAGUGGAUUUGUGACUGUUAGGGCUGUGAAUAACGUGGGUGUGAAGGUAGAAGAUAACGAGUUCAAGUCAGGCGGUGACAAAUUUGGUUGCCUGCUGCUCAUCUCCACUGAAUUAUUCGAGGUCCAGAGGGAUUCUGACUCGUGGAAGGAAGUUCGUGUUGCUGGUAAUACGUUUAAUUCUGUGUCAGGUAAAUGUGUUGUGGAACUGAAAUCUCCUGCAUCGGAAAUAUUUUCUGGGGAGUUUGUCAACAAUAACAUUUUACAAUGCUCUUCCAGUGACGCCAGUUUGAUGCUAUGGUCUUCGAUGUACAAUCUGACAGAUAACUCCUUCAACAACCCAAACACAAGCAUAGAAGUUAAAGUAAAUCCUAUGAGUUUUGCCCCAAACUCCGUUAUACACGCAGAGAACAACUGGUGGGGUACUACAGAUUUGUCUGAAAUAUCCGCACGCGUCCACGAUCAGGCAGAUGACCCAUCCCUGUACAGGCUCAUUGUGCAACCCUUUAGAAAUGGCGCGGUCUUUGACUGCUCCGGCGUCAAAUCUUGCAACAACAACGGAGGUUGCGUCGAGAAAGACACUUGCAGCUGUUACUCUGGUUGGACUGGCACUGAGUGCGACCAGCCGGACUGUUCGGCCGUAAAUUUCUGUUUUCUGCAGGGUGACUGUGUCGGUGCCAAUAAAUGUGACUGUCACACCGGAUGGUCUGGGCCGGCUUGUGACACGGCAGUCUGUGCUGCGGUAAAGAAUUGCUCGUCUCAAGGAACAUGCGUCACUCCAGACAUAUGCGAAUGUGAUGCUGGCUUCAAAGGCCCCGAUUGCUCUGAAUCCGUGUUUGUCACGCCAGCCGGAGAAAUAGGUGGACUGGUUACUGGAGAUAUACUGCUCAGUUUAUCCGGCAGUCCCUACAAGGUCAUAUCAGACAUCAGGGUCCCGGUAGAUGGCAGUCUGACUAUGCAAGCUGGAGUGGAGGUGCUAUUCCAAGCAGGAUUAGCUAUGGUGGUUCAAGGAAGACUAAUGAUAAUGGGUAAUGCCACUCAUCCAGUGAAGUUCUUGCCAGAACGAGAGGGCGUGAAGUGGGGAGGAGUGAGGUUUGAGCAGGCAGCUGUGGUCCGAAGGGAUGUUACGUCGGGAGGUCCUCUAUCUCAAAUGCAGCACCUUGUGCUAAACGACACGGAACAUGGGCUAUUCUUAAGCGGUAUGUAUGUACAGUUGGACCACGUCACCUCAGACUACUCCGCAGGGUCUGGCUUUACAUUCGCUUGGGGACCCAGUCAUAAUGUAUCCUCAAUGACUGGACUACGAGCAAGAAACAACACCAAAUCUGGUAUUUACUACAACCUGGGCAAUGCGAAACAGUCGUUGAAAAUUACAGACUGUGAACUGAUGUACAAUGAAGACAACGGCUUACUAGUCACCAAUAUCUCGGACUUGAGUAUUUCCAGGUGUGUUAUCUCUAAAUCGAAACGAGGAAUUUUAGUCAAUAAACGACCAGCCGGCAAAUUAGACAUUACUAGCACUGAUAUGUACGACAAUUCAGAAAAUUGCAUUCGAGUAGAUGCAUGGGAUGGAAACAAUGGCGAAAUUGAAUUUAACCUGAAACACAGCUCAGUCAGCAAUCAUAAUACGUCAUUGAUAGGACCAGGGGGAGCACUACUCGGCUCCACGGUGAUAAACAUCGGCGUCGUUAAUAACGCACAUAACGUAUGGAACAUUGUAAAUAACACAUUCACGGGAAACUAUUGGAACAGCUACCUUAUCAGCGUGAACAACAAAUACCUGCCAGGAAAAGCGUUCAACUUGACGAUGACGUCCAACAGAUUUGUGGAAAACUUCUCCCCUAUCUUGCAGGCGAUAUUAGGAUCAGGUUUCAAAAACACCAUCAAGUUCGAAGAUAACCAUGUGUCCAUGUCAAGAGCUGCCGUGUCUACAGUCUAUUUUGAUGGACCCAGUCCUAAAGACCUUAAAGUGAGAGUGAGCGGUAACAUAUUUGACGAUAUUGCGGGGUAUUGUGUAGUAGAGUACAGAGGAAGCAAUGCUGUGUUCGAUGUUGAGCUUUCCGGCAAUUCCUUUACUAACGGCCAGGUUUCCAACACUAUUUGUGUUCAGGCGUAUGGCAUUGUCAUGGACGACAACACGUUUGUCAACCCAAUUGCCCAGUGCGAGAUCUCUGUACCUGCAUUUACAGAAGACAAUGUUUUCAGUGCGAAACGGUGCUACUGGGGUUCUUCCGAUUUGAAUAACAUAACGGAAAGAAUGUGUGCAUUUGAAAAGGACAUGAGAUUGGCAAGAGUAGAAUACUUCCCAUACCGUUUGUCAGACACGUCAAAAGACCUGCUGUCCCCUUCUACUGCCCAGUUCGACACUGACGGUGCCUACGGAGGAAAGAUAGAUGGAGUAGUCGCUGUCUCACAGUCUGUUGUCAUUCGAAGAUCCAUAUACAUUGAGGAAGGCGGGUCUUUAACAAUUCAACCUGGUGUGACCCUUCAGUUUCCACUCAACACAGGAAUCUACGCCAAAGGAAUUCUCAGCGUCGGCAGCCUUGAUGGAGAAAAGGCAAGACUUGUUCCCGAAUCUAACGCUUGGCGCGGAGUUUACUUCAAACGUUCAUCACGUGACCAGGCUAAUGACCUCCGUCUAAUGGAUUCCCAGUAUUGGGGAAGCGGACGCGUAGAGAUUCUCCGUCAAGGACAAUAUGGGACUAUAUGCUCCAAGGACUUUGAUGCACUUGAUGCGAUAGUCGCGUGUAGAUCGUUUGGAUACAGUCAAUUGGAUGAUGUGGAAUUUUUUUCUUCGAACAAGCCGGGCUCUGGACCGAUCUGGCUCUCCGGCCUGCAGUGCCUAGGAACCGAGAACUCUUUACUUGAAUGUCCGCACGACGAUGUUGUUAACAGGACGUUGUGUACCCACGCUGAAGAUGUGAUUGUUUCGUGUUAUGGGGGUGUUGACAGAGCAUCCAGUGAACUUAACGAUUUUUCUCGGCUGCAGAAUGUGAUGAUAAACGACACUGAACACGGACUAAGAAUAGAUUCCCUGAAAGUCCACAUGUCCGAAGUGGAACUUUCCAAUACCAAAAGUACAGGAGUCGUAAUCACCGCUCCCUACGCCCAGUUUGACUUUGGAGGGUCGGUCAUCAGGGACUCGUUAUACGAUGGAGUUCAAAUCCAAUCUUUGGGAAGCAGAGGUGUUGCGAACGUAACUGUGCUUAAUAGUGGAAACAAUGGAAUUCAUAUUCAGUCAAAGUUCGGACUUGUGAAGGUAGUUCAUGUCAAUAUCUCCAGCAGUUCGUCUGCGGGAAUAAAUAUUAAGUAUAGUUAUGAUCACCUGGUUUCUCAAAGUGUCAUUGUUGAAAAUUCGAUUGUGGAAAAUCAUCACAACGACGAUGGACUAAAAAUUAAAACCCAGAGUAACCUGGGUCCAUCAUUCGUAAAUGUACGGGGAAAUACCAUGAAGAAUAACACCGUUGGCUCAUUGUCGGUUGAGGUAAUCGCUCCUCAACGUUUACAAAGGCCUUUAAACGAAAACAGAUCUGUGUCGAUUGUCGACAACGUUUUUGAGCACGGUGGACCUGUAGCCGUUUGGGCAGUGAACAACGUGAGUGUGGAGGUAGAAAACAAUGAGUUCAAGGCUGGCGGAGACCAGUCAGAUUGCCUGCUGCUCGUCAGAGCGGAACUAUCAGAGACACAGGCGUCAACUGACAAAUGGAGAAAAGUUCAUGUAGAUGGUAACAUAUUUAACUCUGUGUCUGGGGAAUGUGUGGUGGAACUUCGAUCAUCGCCGUCUGAAAUCUUCUCUGGCGAAUUUACCCACAACAACAUAACACAAAGUUACUCUAGUUUGGCCACCGUUCGAAUUAAAUCUGGUAAAUACAGGCUGAAUGAUAACAAUUUCGAUAACCCCAGAUCCAGGUUGGAGGCGUAUGUGGAAGUGGAGCACCCCGGUGGCUCUUUAGUUGGAUCAAUAAAUGCUGAGAAUAAUUGGUGGGGUACAACGGUUUUAUCGGAAAUUUACGCGCGCGUGUACGACCGAGAAGAAGAUCCGGAUGUUUACAGCCUCGAUGUGCAACCUUUCCAAGGUCACAUGAUCUUCGACUGCUCAAAGGUUAACAGCUGCAGUGGGAGAGGGGACUGCAUUGGACAGAACACAUGCGGGUGUCACUCAGGUUGGGCAGGACCGAAGUGUGGAGAGUAUGAUUGUGCCGAUGUCAGCAUGUGCCAAGGGCACGGUGAUUGCUCCGGUCCUAACAAAUGUGACUGUUUUUCUGGAUGGUUUGGUACGACGUGUGAGACUCCAAUUUGUUCAUCGGUAAAUAACUGCUCGUCUCAAGGAACGUGUAUAAGCCCUAACUCCUGUAGAUGUGACAGUGGGUUUCAAGGAGCAAACUGUACCGAUGUGGUACCUCCCACUACAAUAAGUGAUCAAUCUGUACCAUCUCAAAAUCCAACCACAGGAGACUCGAUUUCAAAGUGCGAGAGGGCAGUUUUUAACCCUGUGCUGAUCUUGGCAUCAUGUUUGCUUUUAAUAUUCCUGAAAUGA